ACUUAUAGAGGCUAUAUGCAAAUUAGGGUUCCAAUUACGCUGCGUUGUGAUUGGCGCAUUUUCAGCGGCGCCAGAGCCGGGGAGACGAGGUUAUGUAAAUGAGCGGAUUCUGGCUGAGCUAGCCUAUUGGCCAUCGGGACAAAGCUAUGCUUUAGCCAAUCAGAGUGCUCCGUGGACAAUCCCCGUCCUGCCUAUAAAAGGGUGAAGCCGCCCCGUUUGCGGCGACUUUCUGGGUCGUCAAGCAAGAGGUCUUUUGCAGUGAGUAUCGCUGUCAUGUCUGGUCGUGGCAAGCAAGGAGGCAAAGCCCGUGCGAAGGCCAAGUCGCGCUCGUCGCGCGCUGGCCUUCAGUUCCCGGUGGGGCGAGUACACCGCUUACUGCGCAAAGGCAACUAUGCCGAGCGGGUGGGGGCUGGCGCGCCCGUCUACAUGGCGGCGGUCCUCGAGUACUUGACCGCGGAAAUUCUGGAGCUGGCGGGCAACGCGGCCCGAGACAACAAGAAGACGCGUAUCAUCCCCCGUCACCUCCAGCUGGCCAUCCGCAACGACGAGGAGCUGAACAAGCUGCUGGGCAAGGUCACCAUCGCCCAGGGCGGCGUCUUGCCUAACAUCCAGGCCGUGUUGCUCCCUAAGAAGACCGAGAGCCACCACAAGGCAAAGGGCAAGUGAGGCCUACAUCCGGAAGCCCAGCCCAACCCGCAUCUGAGAUAGGGAUCCCCUGUGAAAUCAAAGGCUCUUUUCAGAGCCACCCACUAUCUCAAAUAAAGAGCUGUUACGUUGGCUAGUC